AUGGCUGUGAAUGUUGCUGGGGCAAGGAGGCCUACUUCUGGUGGAAAGGUCUACUCGAUCGGUGGAAUUAAAGCUGAUAAGGACGAUGGUCUGAUCCGUAGUACCUGCGAGGUUGCGGGUAAUUCUUUUAUCGUGCUAUUUGAUUCUAGUGCUACACAUUCAUUUAUAGACUUAGCUUGUGCGAAGAGGUUAAAGAUGGAUGUGUCAAAGUUAAAGUUACUGUUUAACCUGAUAGUAUCUAUCCCUACUUCUAAGAGUCUAGUAGAUAAGACUGCAUGUUUAGAGUGUCCUUGGACAUACCCAGAUAAGAAGUUUGUAGCAAACUUGAUCUGUUUACCUCUAAAGGGAUUGGAUGUACUCAUAGGCAUGGAUUGGCUGUCCCACCACCAUGUUCUUCUUGAUUGCACCAAUAAGGUAGUUAUAUUCCCCGAUGCUAGACUCGCCGAGUUCUUAAACUCGUACUUUUCGAAGAUUUCUUUGAAAGAAGAAGCUUCGAGAUCCCGUUUGACUGCCACCGUGGUCGUUGCUAAGGCAAAUGGAGUGCAAGCAAUAGAAACUUAUUAG